UUGCAUUUGGACAGAUCCAUACCGCGGGACUUCCGACUGUCAUGACAGUUGACUUGCACAUCUCGAACAUUUAAAUGUUGGGUGUAAAAUUGUUUUUUGAUAAUGGAGACUGAAGAAACGAGUGUUGCGGAUACCAGCGAGGUGAGGCUGAAUUUUACUUUGAGAGAACUGAGCCUCUCGUCUCAGACUGAAGACGCUACACCGGGAAGCUCGUCCACAGUAGAGCUACCGGACAGGAAACUGGUGUGUGUGGAGUAUCCUGCGAUGGUAAACAGCGUGGAUAAAAUGUUGGAGACUCUGGGUGGUGAGCAAACGAUGGCCAAAACAUUUGCUGACCCCAACAGACGUCUUGAGCUGCGUUUCCGACCCCAGGACCCUUUCUGCCACUCUGCGUGUGGGAACCGUCUCCCAUCAAGCAACCUCCUCCUCAGAGUGCGACGGCGUGUGCGCAAAAAAGACCCAAAGGAUGCAGAGAUUCAGAUGGAUAUCAUGGGAUUCAUAGGAACAACCUACAAAUUCCAAGGGCUGGCAGACUUUCAGUACCUUGCUAUGCAUUCAGAGGGCGGAAAAGUCACAUCUCUUUAUGACAAAAUCAUCCUCCGCAAAACUGAGAGUCAGGAGUUCUUUGAGCAGACUGUGCCUCACUUCCUCCCCCCAGCCAUCUUCUCACGCCUAGACAGUCCUGUGGACUAUUUCUACAGGCCUGACACCCAGGCCAAGGCAGCAGCUGUCCAGGUGCCAACGAGCAAGAACUUUAUCGGUCUGAAUCGAGCGCGUCGACCCCACAACGCUAUAUUUGUCACCUUUAAUGAACCCUCUGUGCCUACUGAAUGCCUCCAGGCUGCAAAGGAUAACUGGGCCAGAUACUGUCUGAAAGAAAGAGACAGGGACGCUGAAGAGAAGUUGAAAAAGAUGUUUGAGAGCCGGCCCAUCUGGUCACGGAACGCAGUCAAAGCCAACAUCAACAUUCACCCUGAUAAACUGAAGCUGCUGCUGGCCUUACAUGCCUAUUACAUGGUCACAGGACCGUGGAGAAGUCUGUGGGUGAGGCUGGGCUACGACCCCCGAAAGAGCCCAGAGUCCAAGAAAUAUCAGAUGCUGGAUUUCAGGAUGCGCUAUAGCACCAAGCAUGGCUAUUCGCUGUCCAAUCUACCAGUAAAAGCGAAGAGAAGUGCCCUCAAUUACAGUCUGCCGAUCACUUUAAACAAAGCAGGUCCCCAGCCUACUAGUGUGAUGGACAUUCCCGCUCAGGAGGGGCCGAGCACCAGCAGAGACUCCGCUAUAGCCACAUACCAGCUUAAGGAGUCAUCCUACAUAUUCAGAGAUGGCAUGCUGCCUCCUCACAGACAGAUGUUCUACCAGCUGUGUGACUUGGAUGUGGACAGCAUCAAAGAGGUGAUCGAACAGAACAGCGGGAAAGAGGAGACAUGUGACGAACGUGACGGCUGGUGUGUUGUGGGCACCACAGACAAGCUGAGGGAUCUGAUCUCUGCCAUGAUUAAGAAGGUCACACGAGCACAAAAACAGGUUCCCGAAGUCUCCCAGAAAAAACGACGCAGGUCCUGUAGAUCAAAAUCCUCAGUGAGAAAUACGGAUCCAGAUUCAGAGGAUGAGAACUGUGAGAACAAGGAGGAUGAUGAGGAGGAUGAAGAUGAUGAAUUCCAACCAUCUGAAGGAAGUGAAAAUGAGAUGGAGACAGAAAUUUUGGACUACAUGUAACUGGAGAAUCAUUUGAGAAUCCUCGCCUGUGUUUUGUGUCUGUCAGAUGUUAACAUUUAAAUUAAAAUAAAAAAAUCUACAAAAUGUACAUGG